UGUAAUUUGCGCAAAUAAUAACUACCUCAGCAAAUGUGAGCAGAAUAUAUAAAGCUGUCAUGCUGAUGUACAGCCAGUUAACUAAAAAAAUGACAAGCGUGACGAUUUUGGUUUUUACUGCGGCGGUCGCCUCUCUAGCUAACGGCAGUUCUGUGCGAAGCCCAAACUGGGCACAGUAUGGAGCUCGGUACGAACAAGUGUAUGAGACCAAUAAUGGCAAUGAUUAUGAAGUGCCUUGCACUUGCGGAGUUUUCCUCGAGAGCCAAACCGUCCAGAAAGGAGCUGCCCUCAGGAUGGGGGAGGAAGAAAAUAGUAUCUUCAGCUACCCAAUUGAAGAAACUCUUGACGAGGACAUUCCAGACGGGAUCAAGGGUCGCAGAAUUUGUACGAGAAAGUGCAUAGAUUUGGCCAUGAAGCACAUUCAGCAAGGACCGCAGAUGCUUUGUGCCUACUCGGACAGAGACAUAAUGCAAGAAAAAAUCCAUCUCUUCAUCAAAAACAAAGAAGAUAGGUGGUACCCAACAAGAAUGAACUCCGGGCGCUCAUUUACAUGCAGAAAUGGGCAACUUGUAAGCUGAGAUUAUCGACUGGAGGCAUUUUUAUAUAAUUAAGCUAUUUAAUAAAGAGUUCCGGUAUUUUCAUAAAAA